AAGCCUGGAAUGUAAUUUUAUCUUAAGAGCUUGGUACUCCUGUCAUGUUUUGGAGUAUUGUUUAUUAGGUUUAUCAUUCAAAAAAUUAACGAUUGUUAUUAACAAUACAAUUUUAGGUUGUAUAUUGUACGGAAAACUAAAGAUAUAAUGAGCUUGGUCUCUUAUAUACGUCCUGUAAAUAUAUUACUUAAUCAAAAUGUUAUUACAAGAAGAUGUUUACAUGCUAGUGCAGUACUUAAUAAAACACAAGCUGGGCACUAUAGACCUAAAACAAGAGUAAAGCAACCAUUAACAUAUGAAAUGGCAAACCCUCCAUAUCAAAUUGCUGCUAGGAAAUCUUGGAAUUCUUGGAAUACCUCAAGUAUAAAAGAUGGCAACAGAAUUUCUGAAACAGCAAUUGAGGAUAUGUUUAUUCGAAGUUUUAUGCAAGGAACAUGGCAUGGAUUUUUUCUGAGUGAAAUAAUUAUCAAACGGCAACAUAACGUGAUUAGAAUCGCCGGAAUUAUUAUACGCAGAUUAACGCCUAUUAAAAUAUAUUUUUUAAUCGGUUACACUGAAGAACUUCUAAGUUAUUGGUUACACUGUCCAGUGAAAUUAGAAUUAGUAUCUACAGAAAACAAAGAUGAUGUUAUAUACAAAAUAAUAUAAUUUAGUAUUUGAACAUUGUUUAAAAUAAAUAAUAUUAUAUUAUUAAAAAUAAA